UUAGAACGAGACCUGUGCUAACCACCAAAAAGCUGUCUCAGGAGACAGCAAGUCAAAAAUUCCAAAUGAUGGCAGAUCAUGGAGAGCCCUGCAGUGGGAAGGAAGCCAGUUACUGUAUGAAUGGAGGGAUUUGCUAUAAAAUACCUUCCAUGGAUACACUCACCUGCGUGUGCACUGAAAGUUACAAAGGCAGCAGAUGUGAGCACUUCCAGCUCUUUAGCUCUUCUCCUAAUGCAGAGAGGGCAGGGUUAAUUGCAGCUGUGGUCAUUGUUGUCAUCCUCAUUUUAGUGGCGCUGACAGUGGUGAUUUACUAUCUCCGCAAGAUGCUGAAAGCCAAGAAGCAGAGCUCAAAGAACAAUGAAAAAGAGUACUGGAGAGUAAACCCUAGAGUAUGAUCUGCUUUUAUCAUGUGCAUUUAUUAUCCCCCGUUUGUGUGGUGGAGCUCUACACCUAACAACGUCGAUGUCAUUUUGGACCAAAUGUCAUUUUGAAUGUAAAUAUGGGAGAGCAACAGAGAAAUAGAACAAGCUGCUUACUCUUCGAUAAGUCAGUAUGAAGCCUAAGGCUGAUGAAUACUCCGAUGAGAUUUCUGAAUUCUGUGUAUUUAGUUUCAGAAAGACACAUAAUGUAAACCAACUGUAAAAUAAUAUGAGUGGGUGGGAACUGAAUCAUAUUGUGCAGUAUCUAGUCUAAGUAGACAUGACAUUUCAAUGUAUUUGUUCAAAUAUAAAUAAAAAUAAGUGUUUGUUGAACUAAUGCAAAACUACAUUUUGUUUGUGGUACUCAUCGAAUACUAAGUGACCCACUGUAACAAUGAACAGAUAUUGUGUAUGUGUUUUAAUUAUAUAAUUUUGUCACAGUUUAAAUAUAUGCUUUGACUCCUACAAAAUAAUCUGACUGUUAUUUUUGACUUGUCAAACCCCAAAUUACCACAGCCAUAUUUUACACUCCCACGCCGCUUUGUUGCUCAUUCUUACCUCAACCCUUUAACUAAUC